CGAAGGGAGCUGCUCACCCCGCUGCAGCUGAUGGUCGGGGGCACGGCGUGGGGUCGGUUGCACCUUCAGCAACUCGCAGAGACUUCGCGGACGGGUGGACGAUGGGUCAUUCUACCCGGUUGUAAUUGUAUACUAUGGUGGAAUAACGUGUGCACAUCAUACCCCUCUGUUAUCAUUGAUGAGAGAGGUCUUGCACCGCCAAUCACCCAGCCAAUGGGCUGCAGGCGGAGUAGUAGUAGCAGUAGUAGUAGUAGUAGUAGGAGGAGGAGCUGUGCAUCUUAAUGUGUGUGGCAUAGUGCAAGGACAUCAUCACACCGAUUCACAUGCUGAUCAGACUUGUUGCGUAGUCGAGUGAUUGACGGAGGAGGAUAUGCAUUCACAUAGCUUUGUCGCAUCGAGGGUAUAUUGUGAACUUUGCCCGCGUUGUCUGCUAUUUUGUGUGAGUCAAGUCUCUGCUUGGAACCCGGCAGGGGUUUGCCGAUUUCGCCAGUGGACUCUUCCCUUUUGAGCAACAACAAGUGCGGCGCCGCCGGCGCGGCACCAAAUUUCCCUGGGCCGGCUGGGAAGCGUCAUGUCGGGCCCUUUGCAGUUUUUAAUAGUAUAGAGAUAGAGAAGAAGGAAAAGGAAGGUGGCGACUUUUACUAAUCAAAGAGGUCCGCAUUCCUCGUAUGCAAGGUGCAGACCGCAGCGAAGUAAAGGUAUGCAUGUGUGAACGGAAACCACACCGUCGUGCGGCCCAAGUCAUUGUCUUUCUGUUCAUGGCCUCGUCAUCCAUACGUCAUUAUUCAUCUCGGGAGCACCAGCGGCGGUGCCGACAUUUCUUUUUUUUUUAAGUGCCGGCGUUCUAUUCAUAGUAGUUCUGUAAAGGUGGGAGGCAAUUGGAGCGAUUGGAAGGGAUGGCUUGGGAGCGAUCGGAAUGGACUGGAUGCCCCACCCCCCUCUUCCAAACAAGGCGCAGCUUCAACCAAGAAUACCAAUUUUUUGUGACGUUUUGUCCCCUCUCUGCUCUCUGUUUGACAAGGCGGGCUGUACACUGAUCUCCACCUGGAAUGACUCUUCUACCUGUAUCGUAUGUCUUCGUCGCUUGUGGCUUUCACAACCGGCAGGGUGCCUGUAUCAUCUAUCUUCGUUGCUCGCGCGUUUUGCAGUCGGCAGGGUAUGCACCUCUACACUGGUAGGGCACAGGUACGGUCUGUACGAGUUUGUGGUGAUGCCUUUUCUGGCACCUUUCAACAUGCUAUGAACCGGAUUUUUCAGGAUUACUUGGACAAGUUUCUCAUCGUGUACCUCGAUGACAUACUUAUCUUUAGUAGAACUGUCGAGGAGCAUGUAGCCCAUCUAGACAAAGUCCUUAGUCUCCUUCAGCAACACCAGUUCAAGAUUAAGCGGGAGAAGUGUGAGUUUAGCCGCACCCGGAUCUUGUAUCUGGGUCAUGCGAUUUCCGCGGAGGGAUUGAAGCCCGUUGACGCGAAGGUGGCCAGCAUUCGUUACUGGCCGCGUCCUCAGUCUGUGGCUGAGAUGAGGUCCUUCUUAGGGAUGACCGGCUACUACCGCAAUUUUGUAAAGAACUAUAGCAUAGUGGCUGCAGCUUUGACGGACCUUACCCGCCUUGACACCCCGUGGGAGUGGAUAGACAAGUGUGAGGCUGCUUUCAGACAUCCGAAGCACUCCUUAACACACCAUGAGGUCUUGAAACUUCCUGAUCCUGACAAGCCAUUUGUAGUAACCACGGAUGCCAGCCAAUAUGGCAUUGGUGUCGUGCUUGCGCAGCAGGAGAUAUUGGCUAAGUCAACCUAUGAGAAGGAGCUCUAUGCGAUCUACAAAGCGCUAACCCACUGGAGGCACUGUCUACUUGGGAGGUUCUUCUACGUCAGGACUGAUCAUCAGACCCUGAAGUGGAUUAGAACCCAGGCAGUACUCUUCGAUGCGCUGAAACGUUGGAUUGAAGUCAUAGACCAAUAUGACUUCGAACCCCAGUACAUCAAAGGAGAGUACAACAAGGUUGCUGAUGCGUUGUUGUGUAGGCCAGACUUCCUUGGUGCGCUGAUCACUGAGUUUGAGCUUGCGGACGAUGUUUGUAAGUAUGCUAGGUUAGUCGCAAUGCCCGAGGCAGCCAAGACCGAGUACGUAAUUAAGCUGUUCAAAGAACACUGGGUCAGGGAUUUUGGAUUGCCAAAGUCUAUAGUUAGUGACUGGGAUGUGCGAUUCACGAGUGAAUUGUGGAAAGCGGCAACUGCAGAACAGGGGACACAACUGCAGAUGACCUCGGGGAACCACCCAGAGGCAAACGGGCAAACAGAGCAGCUGAACCGUGUUGUACAACACUUGCUGAGGCACUAUAUCAAGCCUAACCAGGUGGACUGGGAUGAGAAACUUGGUCCCAUCACCGGUCUGUACACAACAGGGGUGAGCCCUAACAGUCUGCUACUGACCUUUAAGCCUAGACUGCCCCUAGACUUUCUACUACCUGAGAACCAGCCGGCUGCUGCACCAGGCACCUUAGAAUUCGCCUAUCGAUAUGAACGCCUGAUGCAGCAAGCUGUGGAACAGAUGCAUAGAGCACAGGCGGCAAUGAUAGAAUCUGAGAACAAGCUCCGCCGCCCAUCUACAUUCCAGGUAGGGGACAGAGUCUGGGUCAAAGCCUCUGAGCUGGGGCAGGAGCAUGGGAUCUCCCGAAAGCUCAUGCCACAGUACUUCGGGCCAUGGGAGGUUCUAGAUGUUGUCGAGAAUGAUCCGGACGGGCCAUCCAUGGGAAAAGCGAGCAGAAAGGAGACGGGGGAAAAGAGCAGGAAAAGAGCGGGAAAAGCGAGGAGAAAGGAGGCAGGAAAAGAGAGGCUGGAAAAGAGGGGGCAAAGCGAGGAGAAAGGUGGAAAAGGUGGGAAAGGCCACUUCAGCUGCUGUGGUGCAAUGAGGCAUCCAGGCGGGAAAAGUGAGGAGAAAGGUGGAAAAGGUGGAAAAGGCCACUUCGCCGGAUGUGGUGCAGCGAAGCAUCCAGGUGCGAAAAGAGCGGGAAAAGCAAGGAGAAAGGAGGCGGGAAAGGAAGCAGGAAAAGAGUGGGAAAAGCGAGGAGAAAGGUGGAAAAGGCCAUUUGGCCUGCUGUGGUGCAGCGAAGCAUCCAGAGGGUUGAUGUGCGUACUGUCUUGUACCAGAGAUAAUGGGCACUCACCAUGACUGUAUGAAAUCGAAAACACAGGUUGUAUACAUUCAUGAUCAGCGUGCGAUGCGUUCAGGGGAAUACCGGACUGGACGUGAAGGGCAAGACGUUGGGAAAUGGCGAAAACACCAUUCGGGAAAUCUGAUGCAUGUGGAAGGGUGACACAUCUGGCGACUGCUCUGUGCGUUGUCGGAUGACGCGAUCUGCUCGCUGAAUACGCGCAUCAACAAUUCGACUUUUUUUCCCCUUUCUUUCUAAGAAAAACUAAUCUAUAUUCUUCUCUCACUCUUCUUCUUCUUCAUCUUCUUCUUCUUCUUCUUCUUCUUCUUCUUCGUCUUCUUCUUUUUUUCUUUUUCUUUUUGGAGGAACAAAUUCAUUACUCGUUG